UCCCUGGCGGCUGCGAGGGGGCUUCUCCCUGCAGUCGGCCGGGGCCGCUACGCGGGCGCGCCCCGGACAGCUCCGUCACAGGACGUAGGAGGCGGGCACUCCGCCUGAGCCGAGCUUUGCUACCGGAAGGAUGUGCUCCUAGCACCCUCGCGGCGUGGUUGAAGUUAAGUGCGAACUUCGGAGGCGCUGAAGUGUUGGAACUGAAACUAGCGGAGGGGCGGCCGGGAACCUCCGCUAGCCCCGCUGUGUGGGCCCAAACCUGUGAGAGACGUUCCCGGUCCGGAUCCCGUGCACCUUUGGGUGUCCCCGUGCGUGGGAGCUUUGCCGCGUAAAAAGGAAGAACUGAGGAGAAAAGAAACUAUGAAAGUGUUGGUUGUUGGCCUUGGGGGAGUGACAAAUGGAGGGAAAACAACACUAGCAGAAAAACUUAAGAAUAUGCUUCCCAACUGUGAUAUAAUCUCUCAAGAUGACUUCUUUAAGCCAGAAUCUGAAGUAGAAACAGAUGAACGUGGAUUUAAGCUAUAUGAUGUACUUGAUGCCCUCUAUAUGGAUGAAAUGGUGACAAGUAUUCACGAUUGGAUGAAAAGCCCAGCAAGGUCAGGUGUUGUGACAGAAGAGCCACAGAAAACGUGUGACAAUCUGAAAAAUGUUUAUAUUUUGAUUGUUGAAGGCUUUCUCCUUUACAAUUAUGAGCCACUUAAUAAACUCUGGAAUAGAAGAUAUUUUUUGACCCUUCCCUAUGAAGAGUGCAAAAGGAGAAGGAGUACCAGAGUCUAUCAGCCAGCAGAUACCCCAGGGUACUUCGAUGGACACGUGUGGCCUAUGUAUUUGAAAUACAAAAAUGAAUUGGAAGAGAAUGCAAGUAUUCAAGUUGAUUAUUUGGAUGGAACAAAAUCCCAAGAGGAGCUUUUAUCCUAUGUGUAUAGUGAUAUAAUGAAGGAAUUAAACAAGCUGAGGGGAGAAAAUCAGCAGGUCACAGCAUGAUAACGUAGAAGGCCUGGGUUCCGUUUGAUAGGAAUUGAAAACACCAAGACUGUCUUACAUGGCAAGCCAACCAUGUGGGCAAAUGCUGUGUGUAUCAUCAUAAUGCUACUUCAUGUAACACAGGAAUUUUUGUAAGUAAUUAUUAAGUCUCUCAUGGAUAUGGAGACAGAGACUCCAUUUAGGAGUAUGAACAGUGCAUUCUUUAAAAUUCCUUUAAUCAGUUCUGCUUUGGCUGAGCUUUAAAUCUGAUUGUGUACAUUUUAAAGAACAUGAAGGUUUUUGUGCACAGAACUAAGCCAUAAAGAUGCACUUCUGUUGGAUUAAUAAGUAUAUAUGAACAUGGAUGAUUGCAGUUUGAAAUGAUCAUAUAGGAAUGACAGUGAUUGCCUCUAAUAUUUUUAGGAGCUUGUAAUCACUGAUAAACAUGCUUAGAGGAACUAGCUGUGUAAGUUUAUGUAAGUUGUUAUGAUGCUUAGUCAGUAACUGAUUGAAGCACAGCUAAACUUACAAAGACCUACUAAAUACCUCUCUGGUGUUAGCACAGUAAUUUUUGUGUUGUGUAUUGUUUAGAGCAGUUGGAAAUAGAUGUUAAGAAAAUAAAAACAAGCCUCAAGAGGACUCCAAUUGUUGGAAAAAGAUGGGCAAGUAAGAUGCAGAGAAAGGAGAUGCAUCAUUAACAAGAUGUAGUACUUAUCCCAGUCAAUCUCUGCAAAAUAUGGCAGAGGCAACUAGAUAAUAAAUCCAUGCUUCAGGGAGGAGGAAGAAAUAAUUGUUAUUAAUAUUCCUAACUCACAUUGAAAGUGAAAUGAAACUGAAAUGUUGUGAAUUAAAUGUUCAGAAAGCAGGAACGCUAAACAAAUGUGGAAGCUUUGUUAUAAAAUUUGUGUAUAUAUAUUAACGCAAACUAGGAGAUUGGGAAAUUGGAUCGUAUUUUGUUGCUGAAUAAGUAAUGUCUUAACUCUUACAUUUUCUAGACAAUUACAUUUUUAACAGCCAGAAUAAAAAUAAAACUACAGACAUGGAAAGCAAAGGAUGAAUUUUAUUACUUGAUAUGUCACAGCUGAACUAGUCAGUGAUUGAAAUGUAGUAUGUUAUUGUAAAAGUUGUAAAUAUAUGUAAAAGAAAAAGAUGUUAUCAGAUUAUAGCUGUGUUCAGCUGUGUUUAAAACAAAGUGCUUCCAAAUAUAAUUUUGUGCUAUUAUUUUGCUCUUAAAAUUACUUCAUCUUGCAUUUGAUGAUAUGCUGUUAUGGACUGUCUGACUUUAAACUGUA